UCCCGACACGAUCAACAUGGCAACUAACCAAAAACGUAAUCCAAUUGUUUGAUAACAAACAUUUGAAAGCAUUUAAUGGAAUUGCGCAUUAAUUAUAAAAUGGUGUAAAAUUUUCUAUUGUAUUUUUUAUUGAAUUUUAAUAUUAAUUUAUUUUAUAUACAGUACAGUCGUGUAAAUCUAUCCACAAUGGCCGAAAAGGAGAAGGCACAGCCAACCCAGCCGAAAAACAUACCAAAAGAUGGCCAAGUUAUCAUGUCCAUAAUGAAAGAAAUGGGUAUAAUGGAUUAUGAUCCUAAAACAAUAGUCCAGUUAACAGAGUUCGUAUACCGAUACGCGACUUCUAUUUUAGAAGAAGCUCGAAUGUAUGCUAACAACUCAAAGAAAAAAUUUUUAGACGUUGAUGAUGUACGGUUAGCUUUACAGUUAACAACAGAAUCUACGUUUACGACUCCGCCACCUCGUGAAGUGGUUUUGGAAUGUGCGAAUGUUAAAAAUUACACGCCUUUGCCUUUAGUGAAGCCUCAUUGCGGUUUAAGGUUACCCCCUGACCGUUACUGCUUGGCUUCAUGUAAUUAUGCUUUAAAAAGUUGUAACCAGAAGAAACCGAGUAAACCAAAUUACAGCAAUCCAGGGCCUGGAAGCGGAAUGAAAGUCGCGACUAAACUCAACGUGAGUUAUGUGAAAAGGACUCCAAUAGGUGUCACGAAACAAUCGGUCAACAUCCCCAAACCGCUGACGAAAGUUACGACCACCAUGCCCGUUCAACAGAAAACAACGCUCAAACCCAAAAUUCAGAUAGCGUCGCAUAAUGUGCAAAUUACUUCAGCAACAAACGGUACACCCAUGGAAAUGGAGAAUUCCCUGAAGAGGAAAAGAGAUGAUGACGGUGAUACAUGAUGUAGAUAAUCUUUAAAAAUAACGUUGUAAAUUUUGCAUUAAUUAUUUUAUUAAACAAAAUAAAUUACAAAAAAUCAUGGAACACUACAAAUGAA